AUGACGGAACGCGAUAAUCGAGAACCGCAGAAACCGAGUCUCGAGAAGAGAUUGGAAGCAUGGAUUGAGAAGCAAAUCCAUACCCGAGAUGAAUUCGGGAACUCUCUUGCCGGCGUAUCUGAGCCUGUUCUUCGAAGAGGCAUCGACACUCUCUGCAGAGACCUCCCUUCUCUCGAACGCGACGAAGUCGAGCGGGCGGCAGAGGUAGCUAAGAAUGGAAACUACUACUACCGUCUCUCCAAAGGCUUAAUCACAAAUCUCUCGCCCGUCGUUGAGCUCACUCAAGACGAGAAAGAAAGCCUUGUAGCAGAGCGCGAGCGCCUCUUCAGCCAGCGCGGAAUGCUCAUUAUCAUAUGUACAGUCUCGCUUGCAGCGUUCCUCCAAGGCCACGUUCAAUCAUCCAUCAACGCUAUGAGUCUCUUUGUUGAGACCGUUCGUAUCGAUAUACAAAGGCAGGACGACACACAGAGUAAUGGAGCCGAUUCCACGGCUCAAUGGCAACUUGGAGGGAUGAACGCGAUUCCCUUCCUCACGGCUGCUUUUCCCGGUGCACCACUGUCACUACCGGUCAAUUACUGCCUUGGAAGACGUGGUGCCCUCGGGCUUUCGGCUCUACUUAUCAUUGCGAGCUCAAUCGGGUCGGCUUUUGCGGUGACAUGGCAGCAGAUAUUGGGGGCCAGGAUUGUUGGAGGAGUAGGACUAGCCAUGGGGAUCAAGGCCGUCAGUGCUCCUAUUCUGGCAUCUGAGACAGCAGUUGGAUAUUGGCGUGGAUCAACUAUCCUCGCCUGGCAACUCUGGCAAGUCUAUCGCGAGCACACCACUCCCAUUGCUAACAUUCUUCAGGAUGGUCAACCUAACGCUGGUCUCAACGAGCGCGGAGGUCGAUAUCACACUUUACAGUGGAUUGCUGCUGCACCUGUUGUGCCAUCUGUCCUAUUGUUUAUUGCAGUCUGCUUCUGUUACGAGAGUCCCAGAUUCUAUAUGCGGCCGGGUACGCCUAAUUAUAACCUUGAUCGUGCUUUCAGAAACCUCCUUCAAGUUCGACCGACCAGGCUCCAAGCCACUCGUGAUUUGUUUCUGAUCUGGUGGUCUACUCGCGAUGGGGAUAUCCACCAGGACCAUCGUGAGAAGAGUCGCCACGAAAUUGCACACCAUGCCGAAUACCAGAACGGUGUCAACACUAACAAUGAGGACAGGACAAGCCGAACGCUUACUUCUGGUUUGACAUACGCAUCCCUUAUUGUACUUGUCACAAGACUCUCUGUUGAUCAGUUCAAGCCGUUGUUCACCAGACGACGACUUCGAAAUGCGCUCUGGAGCAGUUGUAUUGUUGCACUAUCGCAGCAACUUUGCGGGAUCAAUGUGUUUGCAUUCUACUCGAACGGCAUGUUCAGCGACUACGGUGUCAAGACUAGCAUGGGUUACAGCUUUGGCUUCGGUAUGCGUCCUGACUCGGUAUGGAUGGCAACAACUUACAAAACUUAG